AUGAAUUCUUCGACAAGACACUCCGAGAUACCCAGUCUACAGCCUAAUGGCGGAAUAUUAUCACCAACUAUCGACCAUUAUGCGACCGAAAAGGGCACCGACCAAGAAGGUGUUCGGGAAGAGGAACGUCACGACCAAGAGGAGAUAAUUUCGAGAGACGCACAAGCCGGUGUCAAGAGAGUCCAAGCUACCGCGACGGUUUGGACGAAGAAGCACCUGUUCGCUGCUCAUUUCUUUAUCUGGCUCAUCUACUUCGUCCUAUCUCUACAGGAAGUGGUAGUGCGCUCACUGAAUCCAUAUGUCACAAGUGCAUUCUCCCUGCACUCCCUGACGGCGGCCACCAGUAUCAUGGCCAGCAUCAUUGGUGGUGUCGCAAGGAUUCCCACUGCGAAGAUUCUCGAUACCUGGGGCCGUCCUCAGGGCAUUGCACUGAUGACCUUUAUAUGGACCAUCGGAUUCAUUAUGAUGGCGGCAUGCGACAGUGUACAAACAUAUGCUGCUGCCCAAGUCUUUGCCGUGACAGGCGCCCAGGGUGUCAGCUACUGUUUGACUGUUUUCAUCUCCGACACAUCCUCCCUCAAAAACCGUAGUCUCAUGCUGGCGGUUGCCACCACGCCGUACAUUGGAACCACCUGGCUAGGAGGGCCGGUCUCUGCGAGCAUCGUCAGAGAUUCUGGAUGGAGAUGGGGCUUCGGAAUAUUUGCCAUCGUCGUCCCGUUUGCGGUUGCCCCCCUGAUUAUUCUCUUUCUAUAUCAUCAGAAGAAAGCAGAAAAGGCCGGCAUCAUCGAGCCGGUCACCAUCAACCUUAGGCCAGCCGCCCUCAAAAAGUACGCCAUUGAGGUCGACUUGAUCGGUAUUCUGGUCCUGGCAAGUGGCAUGUCACUCUUUCUGCUCCCUUUCAGCCUUUACUCGUUCCAGGAGGACCAAUGGGCGUCGCCAAUGAUCAUCUGCAUGAUCACCUUUGGAGGAGCCCUUCUCAUUUUCUUUGGAUUCUGGGAGAAAUACUGGGCUCCCAAGACCUUCAUUCCAUUUGAGAUCCUCUUGGACCGGACCGUGUUUGGAGCCGGGAUGAUGUUUGUCUUUGUCUUCUUCAACUCGAUGGUCUGGGGCAGCUACUUCUUCUCCAUGUUACAGGUUGUGUGGGCCCAAAGCAUCCAAGACGCCACCUACAUCAGUGCCAUUUAUCGCACGGGUUCUUGCCUGUUUGCCGUGCUCGUCGGAUUCCUCGUGCGCUGGACAGGACGCUUCAAGUGGCUGGCGCUCUACUUUGCCAUCCCGCUCAUGAUGCUCGGCGUUGGGCUGAUGAUUGAAUUCCGUCGUCCGAACAGUGAGAUCGGAUACGUGAUCAUGACGCAGAUCUUCGUCGCCGUGUCCGGAGGCACGAUAGUGCUCUGUGGCGAAAUGGCUAUGAUGGCCCCCUCCGACCAGCAGCAUUUGGCCGCCAUCAUUGCCGUCCUCAAUCUGUUUGGAAGCAUCGGCACCGCCGCUGGAGGUACUGUUGCAACCGCUAUCUGGACGAGCGUUUUCCCCGCCGCCCUCCGCAAAUAUCUGCCCCCUGAAGUGGACGCUGAACGUGUCUACUCGUCGAUCAUUGCGCAGCUCUACUACCGCCCCGGCACCCCGGCUCGGGUGGCCAUCAGUCGCGCGUACGGUGAUGCACAACGGUAUAUGCUCAUCACGAGUCUAGCGCUGCUUGGUGGCGCGUUCAUCGCGGUCGCCAUGUGGCGGGAUAUCCGAGUCAAGGAUAACAAGCAAGUGAAAGGCAACGUGGUCUAA